AAUUUUGUGUUUAUAAAUUUAAAAAGAAAUUGGGGAAGUGUUUAUUUUCUUCUAUUUAAAUGAACGUUUUUUCAAUCGGAAUAAGAAAUAUGUCCAAUAAAUAUAUGAGUAAAUUGAGUAUAUUAAAAAAAAUUAUUGAAAAAACAGCUGGUCGAACACAAUUAUUACACAAAGGCCGGGAACAAAUUUUGGAAGAAAAACGAAAAGAAUUAAUGGCCAAAGGUUUACCUAAGCGAAGGCCAAUUGAUGGGGUUAAAGAUAUUAUUUUAGUAUCUUCAGGGAAAGGUGGUGUUGGGAAAAGUACAGUUUCGGUGAAUCUUGCGGUUUCUUUAAAAGAAAAAUUUACGACGAAAGAAGUAGGAUUAUUAGAUGCGGAUAUUUUUGGGCCUUGCGUACCACUAAUGAUGAACGCUCAAGAAAAACCGUUUACAAAUACAGAAGGAAAAAUGUUACCCCUUCGAAAUUGGGGUAUAAAAUGUAUUUCUAUGGGUCAAUUUGUUGAAAAUGAUAAAGCGGUUAUAUGGAGAGGUUUAAUGGUAAUGCAAGCAUUAGAAACAUUAUUGCGGAAAGUGGAAUGGGGUAAUUUGGAUUAUUUAAUAAUUGACACCCCUCCAGGAACAGGAGAUACACAUUUGUCACUUAUACAAAAUAUUCCAAUAUCUGCUGUUGUAAUGGUUACAACUCCACAAAAACCCAGUUUGCAAGUAACAGCACGUAGUAUAGCAAUGUUCAAAAAAAUGAAUGUAAACAUUGCUGGUGUUGUUGAAAAUAUGUCACAUGUUGUGUGUCCACAUUGCGGACACGAUGCCAGCCCAUAUGGUAAUGGAACAAUAGAAUUUUGUAAAGGACAUGGCUUACCAAUAUUGGGCAGUAUACCAUUAGAAUCUGAUAUCGCUACAUCAACAGAUAUUGGAAAACCAAUUGUAAUUUCGAAACCUGAUUCAGAUGCAUCGCAUAAAUUCCACUUAAUUGCUGAUCGUGUUGUGCAAUAUUUAAAAAAACAAACUAACCAAGCGGCUAAAACUGAAGAAACAACAUAGUAUAAACGUAUUAUCAUCACGCAUCGUUAAGUUUUCCACA